GAUUGAUCUCAAAUAAAUCAAGAAAGAUGUCCGUACUUCUCCAUCACUCACAAACCACAUCGCUAAUUAUACUCCUUUCAUCAUUUUUCUCCCUCCUCAAAUUUGUUUCUUGCGAUUCCAAUUCCCAGAAUCACCCGCUUCACUACAUCCACCAUUACUGUUCCCAAGAAUACAAUCUCACUGACAACCCGGGGUUCCACGACAACGUCAACAUCCUCCUCUCCGAUCUCACCUCCAAAUCUUCUGGAUCCAGCUUCUACAACUCCACGGCCGGAGACGACCGCGAAAAAGUCUAUGCUCUUUAUCUCUGUCGAGGCGACAUUAGCUCUCAAGUUUGCCAUAACUGCAUCGACCAUGCAGCUCAAACCCUCCGAGAAAACUGCACCGACUUCCAAGACACCACCGUGUAUUAUGAGGAGUGCAUGUUUCGAUAUUCAAACCGUUCCAUUUUCGCCACGGAGCAGGAGCUUCCAUUUCGAUUUUGGUGCAGCGUGAAAAAAGUUUCUGACAACGCUACUGGUGAUUUCAAUCAGAGUCUGACCAAGUUGAUGGGCUGGCUUGUGGAUAAGGCCGCGUUUGGUAAUACAACUCCCAUUCAUUUCUCGACAGGGGAAGCAAAUACGAAAACCGGUGAUAAUGGCACGUCGUGGUUGUAUGGCUUGAUGCAGUGCACGCCUGAUAUAACUGGGAGUGAUUGCGAAAAAUGUUUGAAGGCGGCUAUCGGCAGUUACCAGGAGUUCUGCGCCGAAAGAAUGUGGGCGAUGAUUUUAGCCCCUAGUUGUCAGUUGCGGUAUAAUACAAGCCCUUUUAUGAAGACAGAAAAACCCGCCAUGCCAAAGAGUUCUACUGAUGGAAGAGGGAAGAACUACAAAUCAUAUGUUGCUCUUGCGACAGUGGUGCUUCUGUCCACCAUAUUUGUUGUACGUGCAUGAAAGAAAUUAAUGCUAAAGAAAGCACCUACAGGUAAAAGAGAUGAGAACAAUCAGCUCUGGUUGUACUCCCAAAAAAAUUAUGAAUGGUUAUGAAUUCUACACGUGGAUUAUAUUACACGAUGUUUGGCUAAAAUUCUUAAUUUUCUCACCAUUAAAUAAUGAUUUUUAAGUACUUUUCAAACUAAUGGAAUUAAAAAACCGUUACUUAAUUUUUAUGAUUUUUUAAAAUCAUAAAACAAUAAAAUUCAUAUAAAAAAUUAUUUAAAUUUUGAAUAUUUUGUCAAUUGGAACAUGUUUUAAAAAUCAUG